AUGGCAUUCCGUUACUCCCUGAAUAUCAGUCAUGAGUACAAGAGUUGUCCACAACCUGUUCGUUCUAUGAACCUACCUCGUCUUCUUCACUUGGAAAUACAGAUGCGUUACGCUUCAUCUCUUUACCCGGAGAUAACCUUGCAAACCUUCAAUCGCACCACCAUUGGUUAUCAUGACCUGUUUUUAUCCGAAGAAAAUGCUCGUAACGCCAUACAAUCCAUGAUCGCCGAGUCGGGAGCGACCCCAGAAUUCAUCGAUACUGUCCUUUUUCCUGAUAUCUUGUCUUAUGCACGCCAUGCCGAUGGUUUGCCGAUGAACGUCUUUGAACGUCAAGUAAUGAAGUUGAGAGUCGAGCUACACGUUGAGGUGGAUUCCGAUGACGUCAUCGAAUUGGAUGAGUUGGUUGAUGAAUCGAUGGCGAGUUCGGUAAACUUCACGCCUGCGAGUACGUCGUCUAUUAAGGAUUUGAAAAGGGUCAAAUAUAGGGCCGAUGACUACGAAGAUGAAGGUUAUAUUCCGUUGAAGAAGAGGAGAAAAUUGAGAGAGGAUUCGAGUUCAAGGGAAGAAUGCGUCGUCUGUUUGGAUGAGUUCUCCGACCAGGACGAGGUUUCUUCAAUGCCGUGCGGCCAUGUUUAUCACUACGAUUGCAUUGUGGAGUGGUUGAAAACAAGUCAUUUAUGUCCGUUGUGUUGA